AUGGCAUCGAAAAUCAUCCGUCGCUUUGCCCAAAAUCAAGCAGCAUCUGCAUCUGCACUGUCAAAGCCAAAGAAGUUUUAUAAGGAAGUGUCAGUGGCAAAUGAGAUUGACGAGAAAACUGGGAAUUCGAUCCAUAAAGUUCUUUUGGAUCACCGUGUGCUGAAGACUCAAGGAGGACAGGUUCUCAAGCUCAACUCGUAUCCGCUGGCAUUGGCGAUCGCUGAAGAAUGGUCGUCGCAAGCCGAGUUCCUUCAACUCGGACAAAUGAGACUCACUGGAUUGGCGUUCACUGCUCAGGAUAAUCCGUUGGAGCAGACAGCUGACACGAUCUCCCAAAAGAUUCUCGACUACGUUGACGGUGACACUGUCCUGUUCUUCAACACUGAGAGCUCGAAACUCCAUCGUUAUCAAGAGGAGAAAUGGGCGCCACUCAUCAAGAAUCUCAAUUCAGAUCUUGGCACUCAAGUUCGUUGUAGUGAGAGUAUUUUGGAUUGUGAUGUUGCCAGCCAAACCGACAAAGACAAAAUUGACAGAUGGAUUCGUCAACACAAUUUCCCAGCACUCGUUGGAUUGCAGUAUGCCACUGAAUCUGUGAAAUCCUUCAUAAUCGCCUACAAUGCAAUCCGCCACCAUAUUGAUGCUGAAACAGCUGUUGAUGCGGCCACGUUGGAGCAGAGAACUCAAGCGGAGACAUGGGGAAAUGUUGAAUGGGCUCAUGGAUUGGAAAGAGAGGAAUUGAUGACAAGACUGUCGGCUGCCUGUAGACACCGUUCAUUGUGUGACCGGAUGUCUUCCCAAGAGCGUAGAGAAGCCGCUAAAAGCGAUAGAAAACGAAAGAUUGAUAAAUCGACGGGAUCGGAUGAUUCUCAUGACGAAAUGCCAAGCAAAGUCAUUUUGCAAUCGAAAAAAGCUAAAAACGAGAAGACAAUGAACACGAACGACGAUGAUGAUGAAAUAAUUGUCGUCGCCGAAGUUCAAGGCAAAGGAAUCGUAGAAGAGCCAGAUCUCAUAAUGUCGGAUGAAGAAUUGUGCGAUUCGGACCAGCAGACGACACAAAAAUCAUCGGAACAAUUGAGAGAGGUGGUGAAAGAAGAAGAACCGGAGGAGACGGCGGAAUCUGCGCCGGUCACUGCGCCGGUUACUGCUCCGGUACCCGCAAGUGGACUCGGGCCCGAGCAAGAAUCAGAAGAAGUCGAUAUGAAGCCGGAUAUCUCUUCUUCGACCGAUAAUCAAUUCCCGACUGUGCCACAAGUUUUUCCACAAGGUCCCCUAGAUGUGACAGCCAUGAUGGCAAACAUGUUCGAUACAAUGCAAAAACGAACAAGCGAUGUGAUCAAUGCCAUUAACAAUAAGCCGUCCACAUCCGCUCCGCCUCCAAAAAAGAAGAAGGUAAUGACGUCCACAACAAGAUUCCUACAGUUCAUUAACGUUUACAUCGGUUCUCUCAAUUGUGAGGAUCUCAACGAUCUUCGAAAAAACAUUGAUAAGAAGAUUGAGACAAUCGCAAUCGGCGCCGAAGAGGAAUCUGUUCCGAUCGAUAUGUUACGUCUAGCAAUUCAAGCUGCUGUUGCAAUUCUCACUACAUAA